CUCUCUCACCAGAUGUAUUGUACCACAUUAAGAUGAACACCUAUAUUAAGCGUGUUGUUCUUUGCUUUCCAGGGAGCGUAAGAUGUCGAGUAACGCCGCCCAAGACUGAACUCCUUGAUCCUGCCGUGGGCGUGGUUGUGGCGAUGGCUGGAGCUGACAGCAGCGGUUUGCGGCGGGGGCGUUCCCUGGGUGGGGGCGGCCCUGGGGAGGGAGCAGGGGUCAGGACACCUCCCACUACGCCCAAGAAAGUCGGAGGCAAGAUGCUGGCGGUAAAGAUCCUCAUGCUUGAUGACACCUACACACUCUUCCAGAUACAGAGCAAAGCGUGCGCGUCGGUGCUGCUAGAACAGGUUUGCCGCCAGCUAAACCUACUGGAGUCAGACUACUUUGGCCUGGAAUACACAGAUGGCAACACUCGCUACUGGCUCGACCUUGAGAAACCUAUGAACAGACAGGUUUGUUUGAGUCAAGUGGAGCCAGUGCUGAGGUUUUGCGUCAAAUUCUACACCCCCGAUCCCGCCCAACUGGAGGAGGAGUAUACCCGCUACCUCUUCGCCCUCCAGAUCAAGCGAGACCUUGCCCACGGUUGGCUCAUGUGUAACGACAACACUGCCGCUCUCAUGGCCUCCUAUAUCGUUCAAGCCGAAUGUGGAGACUUUGUAGAAGAGGAUUACCCCGACCAUCGCUACCUCUCCUUGUACAAGUUCGUUCCCACUCAAGAUCCAGAGUUAGAGAGAAAAAUCAUGGAUAACCACAAAAAACAUGUGGGCAUGACACCAGCUGCUGCUGAUCUGAACCUCCUGGAAACUGCAAGAAGAUGUGAAUUUUAUGGUAUAAAGAUGCAUCCAGCAAAGGAUAAUGAAGGAGUGCCCCUAAACCUUGCAGUGGCACACAUGGGCGUUCUGGUGUUCCAAAAUUACACAAAGAUAAAUACCUUCUCUUGGGCCAAAAUAAGAAAACUUUCCUUCAAGCGAAAACGUUUCCUAACCAAAUUACAUCCAGAAGGAUAUGGCGAGCUGCCUUAUGGAGGACGGUGGCCAGAGGGCUAUUACAAGGAUAUUGUUGAAUUCUUCUUUGACGGCCGAAACGAAUGCAAAAAUUUCUGGAAAAAAUGUGUGGAGCACCAUGGGUUCUUCCGGUGUUCCCAAGUUAAAAAAGUCCCACGCCAAAAAACCAGAGUUCUGUCAAGGGGAUCCUCAUUUAGAUACAGCGGCAGGACACAGAAGCAAGUUCAAGAGUUUGUCAGAGAUAACUAUGUAAAAAGAGCUCCAUUUCAAAGAUCACAGUCAUUUCGACACUCUCCCUCUGUACAUACGAGCGUGAGCAACGUUGGCAUGAGUAUCUCAGCACAACCUCUCCUUCCUCUCGGUGACAAUCAGUGUAUUGGCACACCUGUGUCUUUAUCGUGUGGCUCCAUGACCCUGGCCUCCACCGGUGACCCACAGUCCCCUGGGUCACCCACUCAGACCGAGACUGCCGACCUUCAUGACUUCGACACCCGAGACCUCGAGACCCCUAGCGUGACCCCCUCCAGGCAGGACACCCUCUCUCCGGAGACAUCGGUUACCUCCAGUCCUCAGCGAGGUCACGACCCUGAGUACCCCCAUCAUCCAGCCACCAAUUCAAUGCAAGUGCAAACGGCAGCACCUCCAGCCGACACUCAGAAGGUCAGCGAAGAAGUCCCAGUGCCGCCCCCUCACGCCCCGACCUCCCCAACAGCUAACGUGAUUCAGGAGCAGCAGUCGGUCAGCAGCUCUCCUACCCUCAACACUUCACCAGUUAACACUACGCCACUCUCAGCACACAAGGAGAAUAUUCCCCUCUCGAAUCACGUAAAUAACAGGGUGGACUCCAUCCCAAAUGGUCAUGACAAGUCAGUAUCGCCCUCGCGUGUUGGAGAGAUGGAAGGAGAGUCUAGGAAAAGAAAGUACCCAAGUGAUAAGGCUUAUUUUAUCGCCAAGGAAAUCUUAACCACAGAAAGAACAUACAAAAAGGAUCUUGAAGUGAUUAAUUUGUGGUUACGAGAAGAAGUCGGGAAGGAGGAAGGAAUGCCUACCGAUAUUCUGUCACAGCUGUUUCAGUUGAUUGACCCCAUCUAUGAGUUCCAUUCACAGUUUCUUAAAGAACUUGACACCCGACUGGCACAAUGGGAUGGUCGGGCAAGUGGAUCAAACAAGUUGGAAUCUCAGAGAGUGGGAGAUAUUAUGUUGAAGAAUAUGAGCAUGUUGAAGAUGUACGAGCAAUAUAUGGAGGGUCACUAUGGAAUCUUGGAAGGCUUGGAGUCUUCAUUCCGCAAGAACCGACGAUUUGAGCAAGUUUAUCGCGAUUUCGAGAUGCAGAAGGUUUGUUAUUUGCCUCUGACAUCAUUCAUCCUGAAGCCUCUACACCGACUCCAGCAUUAUCACCUACUCCUUGAUCGUUUAGUGAAGCAUUACGGCAGUGCAAACCAUCACGACUACAGAGAGUGUAUGACUGCCAAGGCCAAGCUGAGCCAAGUUAUUAAGGGAAUGGUCCCUGUUCUUUCUGCUUCUGAGAACUUAGUCAAGCUGGUUGAGUUACAACGUGACUUGAUUGGAAUUGACAACUUGAUACAGCCUGGCCGGGAGUUCUUGAGAGAGGGCUGCUUACAAAAACUGUCUCGUAAAGGCUACCAGCAGCGCAUGUUCUUCCUGUUUAAUGACGUCCUGCUAUACACAAACCGGACAACAACACCAGUUCUGCAAUUCAAAGUGCAUGGUCAACUGCCUCUCCGGGGUGUGAUGGUCGAGGAGACAGAGAGCCGCAUGGGGGCUACUAAUUGUUUCACUAUUUAUGGUGGCAACAGAGCCUUAAUGGUUGCAGCAAACAGUGAAGAGGAGAAGGCUAAGUGGCUGGAGGAUCUCACAAGGGCUAUAACUCAGGCAAAAUCUCGACCUGAUGAUGCUUUCCACUACCUCUCCUUAAAAUCUAUCAGCUCAUCAGAUGAAGUCUUGGACCGCAGUGAAAGCAGUACAAUGGAGGAUCCUUUGAGCCCCUCCAGGGGCCUGGGUGAAAAAGGUGCUUCUCCUCAACAGCGAUCCAACACUACUGUACAUGUUUGUUGGCACAGAGCAACUAGUGUGUCAUCACUUGACUAUUCCCUUGCUGUACAGAACCAGCUGAGUGGGUACCUGCUGCGGAAAUUUAAAAACAGCAUGGGAUGGCAGAAGCUGUGGGUUGUUUUCACCAACUUCUGCCUCUUCUUUUACAAGACCUUCCAAGACGACUUCCCCCUGGCAUCUCUCCCACUACUGGGGUACACCAUCACCACACCGGGAGAGGAUGACCAGAUCCAGAAGGAGUUUGUCUUCAAGCUUCAGUUUAAGAAUCAUGUUUACUUCUUCAGAGCCGAAUCAGAGUUUACAUUCUCCCGCUGGAUGGAAGUUAUAUCAACGGCCACACAAAAUUCUGCACGGACUCGCCUGUUUAGCAGGAAGGAGAGUGAAAAUGAGAGCAUUAGACUGUAAUGCUGAAAACAUCAGGUCAUUCUGUCUAUAAAUAUUAACAAUUCUUCACUGUUUGCAUCACUGCCUAAGGAAGCAUCUCUACAAGCUUUUAUCAAAUCUGUCUCUACUGGUGGUACUGUAAUAUGAUACAAGAUAUAGCAAUCUUUUUAUGAAUUAGAUCCCUUAUUUAAAAUUUUCUGUUUGCCAAAUAUACCGUCAUUUUCCUCCUAUCAUAAGUUUUAGGUGUCCAGAAAUUCUUUUUUGUUAUGUAACAAAAUGACAGUUUAAUUUUUCAGUUGGGAGUUUCUCUAGAGCAUUAAUCACAAUAUUUAGGUUAUUGUAGUGAUCUAUUGAUGUAUUAAGCAUCUCCUUUUAUAUAUAUAUAUAUAUAUAUAUAUAUAUAUAUAUAUAUAUAUAUAUAUAUAUAUAUAUAUAUAUAUAUAUAUAUAUAUAUAUAUAUAUAUAUAUAUAUAUAUAUAUAUAUAUAUAUUGUGAUUCUAUUUUAUUUUAUUUAUCAUUUAUCAAUUAAAGUUACUUAAAAAUUUAUCACCAAGUACAGGAUUAUCCUCAUAUCAUUUGAGGUCUUAUUUUUUUAGCAAUGUAAUUAGGGAAAAGUAAGAAUGUUUAUCAUAUUCAUAGUUCACACAGUUAAGUUAGCAUGACUGUUUCCAGACAGUAAAAUUGCAGCUGAUGUAACUCCUUCUGUAAUUUUUGUUAAGAUUUUAUAGUGCUAAGAAAUUAGUGUAAAUAUUGUAUUUUAAAAAGAAUUAUUAUAGGUGAAGGCCUACCCCUCUAAGAAUGAUGUUGACUACUUCAAAUUUUAUGUGAAGACCAUAUGUCUUGUUCUUAGAAAAGUAGUAUUAUCACACAAGCAUAUUUUAGAGAUAAUCAAAGAAGAGUCCUUUUGAUAUUUAUUACAGUUUGUUAAAAAAAAAGUGAUAAAUGCAUAUCACUGAAUUUUAUAAAAUGCCUUUUCAUCAUGAUAUCAAUGGAAGCCGUGAUAUUUCGGUAAGUUUUGGUAUAUAAAAAUGUACAGUGUGUAAUAUAUUACAUAUGUUACAGCUUUGAUGUAGAGGACCAAGCAGUUAAAUCUUGAUAUUAGUUCAUCAAGAUUUAUUUUAUAAAUGCAAGAUUGUGAUUGCUUCGACAAAUACUUGCAUCAAAUCAUUUUAUAGUUUUUCAUUCAGGUUGAGGAUUUAUGAAUAAAUUUAAUAGUGUGGAAGAGUGCUAUGUAACAUUCUGGUGCAUCUACAAAAUGUAGAUAAAGUUGCUAAUGGAAAACCUUUAACAAGAGUUAGCAACUGGAUUUAUGAACACCACACUAGCAACAGCAAAUAUAGGUUGUAUACCAAUAAGUUAUUGCUCAUCAGUUAAGCCAACCAUUUUUUUCAAAUUGCAUAAACUUCAUUAAUCUUAUAUUCAUUUAUUCAGCCCAAGCUGUGGUUUAGCUAGGUUACAUAUUGUUUAUAGAUGUUAUUUAAAAAGUUGUGAUUACUAUUUUUAGGUAGAAUUCACUCAUACUAAUGGAAUUUACCAGUUUGUAUUAUCUAAUGAAUGGAGAAUUAUUUGGGAUCCUAGUCCGUGUUAGUCAUUGGUAAGAUAUGUUCUUCAAGUAGUGUCAUAGUUGUCGUCAACUUCACUGUGUACUACAAAAUUGGUUAUAAUCCACUUAUAGAAUCUCAGCUUUAUUUCCUGUUAGUUAUAACUUAAUUUGUUAUGAUUACCUUCAAACAUAUUUCAUUCAAUGUCAAUGAUGGCAUCUUAAUAUUUACAAACUAUUGGUCAAAUUUUUUUUUACUAAAAAACUAAACUUGGAAAUUUUUUUUGUAGAUUUUCCAAGUAUUUUUAACAUGUUAGAUGUGAAUGACUUAGAACUUGUUGCUCUUGAGUGUGCCAUGAUUUUUUUUUUUAACAAUUUAAAAAAUUACAAUGUUCUUGUACACAAUAAUUUUGUAUCAGCAGACUCUGUAAACAUUAUGUGAAAGAGUUUUGUCAAAGUAUCUGAGGUUUCGGAUAGAAAGGCUGCCUGUAUUUCUCUUGAAAGUUAUUCGUCUUACUUUUCUCUUACGCAUGUCGUUGUGCUCAAUUGUCCUUCUAACUUUAGCCUUUAUAUUUUUUUGUAAAGUUUCUUCACUUACAUUGCCUUGACCCUGCCUUACCACCCUACAUCUGUAUUAUUGCAAUAAAUAAAAUAGCUAGU